AUGGCGUAUGCCGAAUUUUCUUCACGAACAAUCGAAAUCACUGUGAUAUCGGGAGAGAAUCUUCAAGUACGUGGAAAGCCGAUCAAGAGCAAGAGCGAUUUGUUCGUCACUGUUCAACCUGAUCUUCAGAACGACUCUGUGAGAACGAAAAUCGACCGCGACGGCGCUGGAUUCCCGCGGUGGAAUGAGAAGCUCGUCGUUGAUCUCCCAAUGCAUGCGGCGUUCGUUAUUGUGGAGGUUUGUCGUAGAGUUUCGAGUCGGAAAAUCAAGAUCGUCGGGACGGCUAGGGUUCCAGUGGCGGAUUUUACUGCUGGAUACUUGCCGGAAAGUCAUCUGCAGUUUUUGAGUUACAGGUUGAGAGAUAAGAGAGGCGAUAGGAAUGGAGUUGUUAACUUGUCUAUGAGAGUGAAGAUGGCGGCAGGAAUUGAGCUUCCAUUGUUGCAGAAGCAGGGGAUUGGAGUUCAAGUAACGGUGCCGAUGCCGGAAACAAAAGUCCACGGCGGCAGCAGAGGAGCCGUAUCUGAGUAUUAA